GAGGGCAGAUGAGGAAGUGGUAGUGGACCAAGGAGGAACCAGCUCAGUCCUCAACAUCCACUAUGAGAAGGAGGAGCUAGAGGGCCACAGAACUCUGUUUUUGGGGGUGAGUAUGCCCAUGGGUAGACAGAGCCACCGCCACCACCGCCCCCAUGGCUCACGCCACCGCAAGAAGGACAGGAGGGCAGGGAACGCUACACAGCAGGACGAGGAGGGAGAGGGGGCCUCAGUCUCUCAUGACACUCCAUCCCAGCGUGUCCAGUUCAUUCUGGGGACAGAGGAGGAUUCUGAACAUGUGGCCCACGAGCUCUUCACUGAGCUGGAUGAGAUCUGUGUCAAAGAGGGAAAGGACGCGGAGUGGAAAGAAACCGCCAGGUGGUUGAAGUUUGAGGAGGACGUGGAAGAUGGAGGAGAGAGGUGGAGUAAGCCCUAUGUAGCCACGCUGUCCCUCCACAGCCUGUUUGAGCUGCGUAGCUGCCUCAUCAACGGCAGUGUGCUGCUGGACAUGCAGGCCAACACCAUCGAGGAGAUCGCAGAUAUGGUGUUGGACCAGCAAGAGGCGUCCCAUGAGCUGGACGACAGUGUGAGGCUGAAGGUAAGGGAGGCCCUGCUGAAGAGACACCACCACCAGAACGAGAAGAAGAGGUCCGGCCAUCACCAGCUCAUCCCUGACAUGGUGCGCUCUUUCGCCGAUGCCGGACGCAAGCACUCUGAACCCCACAUGGACAAGAGCGGUCCAACUGUCUCCCCCCAGCCUCCCCCCACCAACAUAGAGGUAAAGAAUGGAGCCAACCACGACAACAGCCAAGUGGACCUUAGCAAGGUGGACAUGCACUUCAUGAAGAAGAUUCCUACAGGAGCCGAGGCCUCUAACGUCCUGGUGGGAGAGCUGGACUUCCUGGAGAGACCUGUGGUGGCCUUCGUACGCCUCUCCCCUGCCGUACUGCUCACUGGCCUCACUGAGGUCCCCAUACCCACCAGGUUCAUGUUCAUCCUCCUGGGCCCAGACGGAAAGGCUCAGCAGUACCACGAGAUUGGCCGCUCCAUGGCAACCAUCAUGACUGACGAGAUUUUCCAUGAUGUGGCAUAUAAAGCUAAGGACCGCAGUGACCUGCUGGCUGGUAUAGAUGAGUUUCUGGAUCAGGUAACCGUUCUGCCCCCCGGGGAGUGGGACCCUUCCAUCCGCAUCGAGCCCCCCAAGAGUGUCCCCUCUCAGGAGAAGCGGAAAAUUCCAGGGAUGCCCAAUGGUACGACCUGCCCUGUGGAAGAGGAGUUUCACGCAGAACAUCAUGGUCCUGAGCUCCAGAGAACAGGAAGAUUGUUUGGGGGUCUGAUCCUGGACAUUAAGCGGAAGGCUCCGUUCUAUCUGAGUGACUACAAAGAUGGGUUGAGUCUUCAGUGUGUUGCCUCCUUCCUCUUCCUCUACUGCGCCUGCAUGUCCCCAGUCAUCACCUUCGGAGGCCUGCUGGGGGAGGCUACGGAGGGACGCAUUAGUGCCAUUGAGUCUCUGCUGGGAGCAUCCAUGACAGGAGUGGCCUACUCUCUGUUUGCUGGUCAGCCUCUCACCAUCCUGGGUAGCACAGGCCCUGUCCUCGUCUUUGAGAAGAUCCUCUUCAAGUUCUGCAAGGACUAUGACCUGUCCUACCUGUCUCUGAGGACCUGUAUCGGCCUGUGGACGGCCUUCCUGUGUCUCGUCCUGGUGGCCACAGAUGCCAGCUCCCUGGUCUGCUACAUCACCCGCUUCACAGAAGAAGCCUUUGCUUCCCUUAUCUGCAUCAUCUUCAUUUACGAGGCUCUGGAGAAGCUCAUCCACCUGGGGGAACACUACCCCAUCAACACCCACAGCGACCUGGACAAGCUCACACUGGCAUACUGUCGGUGUGCAGAGCCUGAUAACCCCAGUAAUACAACCCUGGAGCUAUGGAGUCAGAAAAACAUCACUGCUUCUACUGUGCCUUGGGCCAACCUUACUGUCAAGGAGUGCAUAGAUCUGCAAGGCCACUUUGUGGGUACAGCUUGUGGACACCAUGGCCCCUACACCCCUGACGUACUCUUCUGGUCGGCCAUCCUCUUCUUCGCCACUGUCUUCAUGUCAGCGUUCCUCAAAGAGUGUAAGACCAGCCGAUAUUUCCCCACCAGGGUGCGGUCCAUGAUCAGUGACUUUGCGGUCUUUAUCACCAUUGUAUUUAUGGUCAUGCUUGACUUCCUGAUUGGAAUCCCCUCGCAGAAGCUGCAGGUGCCCAGCAACUUUAAGCCCACCCGAGAUGACCGUGGUUGGUUGAUCAACCCGAUAGGUCGAAACCCGUGGUGGACAGUGCUGGCUGCCUCCAUCCCUGCUCUGCUCUGCACCAUCCUCAUCUUCAUGGACCAACAGAUCACCGCUGUCAUCAUCAACCGCAAGGAGCAUAAACUACUGAAGGGCUGUGGCUAUCACCUGGACCUGCUGAUGGUGGGGGUGAUGCUGGCUGUGUGCUCCAUUAUGGGCCUGCCCUGGUUCGUGGCAGCCACCGUGCUCUCCAUCUCCCACGUCAACAGCCUGAAACUGGAGUCAGAGAGCUCGGCCCCCGGGGAACAGCCCCGCUUCCUGGGCAUCAGAGAGCAGAGGCUCACAGGCCUGGUCAUCUUCCUACUGAUGGGCCUCUCUGUCUUCAUGACUGGGGCUCUGCAGUUCAUUCCCAUGCCUGUCCUGUAUGGAGUAUUUCUCUACAUGGGAGCCUCGUCUUUGAGGGGGAUACAGUUUUUUGACCGUCUAAAGUUAUUUGGUAUGCCGGCCAAGCACCAGCCAGACUUCAUCUACCUGAGACACGUUCCCCUGAGGAAGGUGCACCUGUUCACCAUCACCCAGCUCACCUGCCUGGCCCUGCUCUGGAUCAUUAAAACCUCCAAGGCUGCCAUUGUCUUCCCCAUGAUGGUUCUGGCUCUAGUGUUCAUCCGUAAGUUGUUGGACCUUUGCUUCACUAAGAGGGAGCUGAGUUACCUGGAUGACAUAAUGCCUGAGAGCAAGAAGAAACAACUGCAUGACGCCUCCAAGAAUGUUGACAUUGAGCAGGAUGAGGAGAUUCUGGGUACAGCAGUAGAGGAUAAGACCUCAGUCCAUAUCCCCAUGGAGAGCAGCAAGCUCCUGCAGUUCCCCAAAACACACGACCCCAGGUGUGACCCUUCUGAUAUUAACAUAUCUGAUGAGAUGUCUAAAACCACCGUAUGGAAAUCCCUCAACGCCAACCAAAAGGACAGUCGCAUGGGGGCUGCUAAGAAGGCAAGGCCCUAUCCCUCUCUGCCUCUUUAUUUUUCUACCUUUCUCUCACAGUCACAGUUUUUUUUAAAACCUUUAUUUAACUAGGCAAGUCAGUUAAGAAUUUUAUUUUAUUUACAAUGACAGCCUACUGGGAAACAGUGGGUUAACUGCCUUUUUCAGGGGCAGAAUGACAGAUUUUUUGUCCUGUCAGCUCUGGGAUUCAAUCCAGCAACCUUUCAGUUACUGGCCCAACGCUCUAACCAUUAGGCUACCUGCCGCCCCUGUCUGGUGCAUUGCAUGUCUCCAUUUUGCCCACUGAGGUUACUGUCUCUCUGUUUCCUCAAAUCUCUCCUCUCCUACUUGCAUUUUAUAGAAUCAGUUGUUUGAGUUUUUAAUAUUAUGAUAGAAGUGGGAAAUUGGAUCUCCCUCAAACUGGAUUUGCCAUGGUAUAUUAUUAACCAUGUCUCUCUGCUCUCU